CGAUGGUGGCUGAUAUCCAUUCGGCUCUUGCACCGUUACCUAUCUGCAUCAUGAAUGUCUAUGCGCCAUACAUCGCAAUUCGGCGGGCAAGCUGCGAAGCCGAGGUAGACUAGACGGCCUUCUGGGUGCGGACAGGCGGAAGUGGGCCAAAUGGCCGACGAGGCGUCGGAGUCAUCGCGUCGCUGCUUCUCCUUCCCGUCCUUCGUACGGCACCACGCUCCCUCUUCUCACCCUCAUCUCGCUGACGACUGUCGUGGCGCCGCUUGGCUGUGCAUAUACGCUGUCGAGCAUACCACGACACGUAUCACAUCACCAUGUCUUCGAUUGCUCGUGCCUCACCGUCUACGUCCGGCAGGCCUCAGCGCAACGCCAGUCGUAACGUCCCGACCGUGUACCGAGACGAUUGGGCAGGCGACGAGGACGAUGAAGACGACGAAGACGAAGAUGAAGAGGACAACGACGACGAUGAAGAAAACGAAGAUGACGGCAGCCAGGCUGUAGACGGUGCCGCAACGCCGGACGUUUCCGAAAUCGGGGGAUCUUCUAGCGCCCUUCUCCCGCGGCAUCGGCAGGUCGCUGCUCUCUCUGGCAUACCAUCGUCCAGCUCGAAAAGCAAGUCCAAUCGAGGCAGGCCUUCUUCGAAAGCAUCCAAUCCAAAGGCGUUUCAAGCCAGGAGUGCUGUCGAAGCUGCUCCACCACCUACCCAAGCAGAAAGUGGCUUCAUGGCCGAUGCUCCAGACGCUGCCCAAGCUCAGCAAGUCUAUGCGUUCAUUCUGGACAAGCUCCGGUCGCAUCAGUGGAAAGGUCGCAACCUGACCGAUUCAAUUGAAGUGAUACCUAAUGAUCCGCAAUUCAGAGCCCGAGCCCAGCACUUCCUCUCCCUUGGUCAGGUAUCGGAGCGACUACAGCAAGGCUACUAUACUGGCGCUGUGGUUUUCGAGAAAGAUAUGCUUCAUCUUUUCAACUGCUUCCGACGUGGCUACGAGAUCGGCUCGCCACAGCACGGUGAUACGAUGAUCCUUCAGCGCAUGUACCAAUGCAUGACCGCCCCUCAUCCGCAGGUCCCAUACACUACCGUCGCUAGCAUUCAGCGCAACCUUGCUAGGCCAGAAGCAUCGCAGCUCUACUCUUCGGUUGCAAACGGCCCGGGCACUGCUGCCAGGGGAGCAGAUAGUGAUCUCCCCACGCGCAUGGCUGUGAAAGGCAAGCAAUACUGCAACUACACUUACCACAAAGGGCAGCUCAUCACUGUAGGAGAUUGGGUUCAUUUGAUGAAUCCCGCGGAUCCCACUAGACCAACCAUUUCUCAAAUCUGGAAGAUAUUCAAGCGUGAAGGUGCACCGGAUGAAGCUGCCGGGCUGACCUGCUGUUGGUACUUCAGACCAGAGCAGACUGUCCAUCCCGCAUCACGUUACUUUUUUCCGGAUGAGGUGAUGAAGACGGGGCUCUAUAUAGACCAUGCCAUCGAAGACGUCAUCAGCAAAUGCCACACCCUGUUCUACACGCGGUGGACCAAGGGCCGGCCCCCUCGCCACGUGCUGGAUCCACUCGAUCCUCUGUACAUCGCCGAGUACCGCUACGACGAGCGUACGUACGAACAGAACAAGAUCAAGAACUGGAACAGCUGUCUGCCGGAGGAGCAACGUGGACCCGAUCAGCCCUUUGAGCUCUUCGCGGAGCCUAUCAUGCUGCCUGCUCGAAUCCCGUCGCCUUUCCUCAGGGGUGUUCAGGGUCCUGGGAGGAUCUGCGACGAAAGCGAAGUAGGGCCGCCAGGCGGCAAGAAACCCCUAGCAGGAGCUGCCAACGCAAAGAGGGGCCCAGAAGCCACAGACGAGCUUCCGGAUCCCUUUGGGUCCCCUUCAAAAAGGAAGCACAGGCGCACCGGACCUGACCCCUCCGCCGACCCAGAAGCGGCCCUCGUCUCUGGUUGGACUUCUUCGCAUAUGCCAAUCCCUACACCGCAGCAAGUUGAGGCGGCUCACCACAUUCUGCGAACAUACUCAACCAGUAUUCCAGCCAGGAUUGGUCAGGGAGAAUACGGCCGCCUAUACCAUCACCUAGGCAGUCCGCAAGGGCUCAGCAUCGAUCUGAACUCUGUGACGCACCACCUACGUGGCGCUUUAGACGUGCAAACCCUUUCGACCUGGAGAGAAGCAUUGCAGAUCGGCGUCGCGGCGCAGAACUACGGCAUUGGCGCCAGAGGUCACGCAUCCACAUCCAGGCCAUCGGCUGCAGCAACAGCAGCACCACCGCCUCCCGCCAGUCUACAGAGACUGCCAACGGCUACUGUCGAGCGAACUCUGGCAGCUGCUGUGGGUGGGUACGAAGCCUACGUAGCGCCGUUGCCCGAACAAACCGUCGCCCUUUUUGCCUCGAACACCCCGACAGAGGAGGAAGAGCAGACCGAAGGCCAGGAGGGCGCAGUGAGGAAGGGCGUGCAGUGGUUUGCUGCACCUCCGGUCGAUCUUCCCCGCAGUGUACGCGGUACGGGCUUCAACGGUGUCACGCACUCCCUCGACUAUUUCUACCAUGUGGCGCUCAACUCAGGGCAGAGUGGCUCGACAGGCAAGAGUGAUGCGGAUGGGCGUGAAGGACAAGACGAGAUGAGCGCUGCUCUUACCCACCUGGCACAGAGCUGGAGGACGCUCCUCGAGCAGCAUCCCUCCAGUCUGCAGCUGGGUGGUGAAAUCCUCAGAGACGAGCAGAAGGUCAAGGCGCUCGAAGAAGAGGUCAGCAAGCUGAUUGGGGCAGAUUGGGCCGGAGACAGUGACGAGGCGGCUACGAUGAGGAAGGUUGUGGUCAGGAUGGUGGCCGGCCUGCAAUGAUAUGGGAACCCGCCACUGUAUCUCCUCUUCAUGCACUGUAUGACAUUCGGGCAUAUCCUUUCACGCAUUUAACUGCAUUCUCAUCAGGCAGUCUCGCCUAGUCCUCACCGAUCACGCUUCUAAUUCUU